CGUCAUCAUUUCGUUAUGGCUGCCGAAAGUGACAGUUCUCAAGUUACCGAAAAUAUUAACAAUCUCUCAUUAGAAAAUGGAAAUAAUGCAACAAUUAACAAGACUAGUAAUAUUAUAGACACUGUAGAAUACGGACUCCCACUUAAAGAAGUCUAUAAACUAGCUUUCAACUUUUAUAAAGAAAAAGAAGGCAAAGCUGUACAUUUUAGUUAUGAAGAUAAAUUACAGUUAGUAGCAUUUUCACAACAAGUAUUACAUGGACCUUUCGCAGAUAUCUCUCAUAAGUUACAACCUUUAGGAACAUUAGAUGUAGUAGGCAAAGAUAGGCGAAUAGCAUGGCAAAAAUUAGGACAAUUAUCAGCAGAACAAGCAAGGGCUGGGUUUGUGGAAUUAUUAAGUAGAAAGUGUCCAUUAUUUUCAACGUACAUAGAGGCACAUAGAAGAGAAAAGAAAGAACAAGAUAGAAGAGCACAAGAGCAGUUAGAAAAGAAAAAAAUUGAGGAGGAAGAAAGGCUGAAAAAAUUAGAAGAAGAAAAAGUAUUACAAGAAGAGAUGUGGAAACAAGAGGCAAUUAAAAGACAAAUUCAACUAGCUUUAAAUCAACAAACAUAUGAACAGUUUAGAAAAUAUGCUGAACAACAAUAUCCUGGUGAUCCUGAAAAACAAGGAUCUUUAAUCAAACAGUUACAAGAACAGCAUUAUAUCCAGUAUAUGCAACAGUUACAAGCAACUCAGAGGGAAAAAGAAAUAAAAAAUGAUAAUCAAUUAGAAAAACAUGAAUCAAUUGAACAAAAUGAGGAGAAAUCUGAAACAAAUUAUCCAGAGAAAGAUCCUUCAGAAGAAAUGGGUAUUGUAACAGCAAGCAUGUGGACUAGAAGUGAAAUUGAAUCAUUCAAACAGAGUGUAGCUCAAGGGGAAGGAGAUGGAGUGGUAAGAGUGGGUCAUGGGGAAACAGUAACUGUUAGAGUACCAACUCAUCCACAAGGCACAAGAUUGUUUUGGGAAUUCGCUACAGAUCAUUAUGAUAUAGGUUUUGGAGUAUAUUUUGAAUUUGGCACUCCUACAUCUGAGGAAGUGUCAGUUCAUGUAUCAGAAAGUGAUGAUGAUGAUGCAGACGAUUUAGACGAUGACGAAACUUAUGAUGAAGAAACCAUAAGAACGAAUGAUCUGGAAUCAGGUUCUGUAACAGUUAGUGGAGUAUCAAAACCACUACUACAUGAAAUAGUACCUGUCUACCGACGGGAUUGUCAAAAUGAAGUAUAUGCCGGCUCUCAUCCUUAUCCUGGAAAAGGAGUAUAUUUGCUAAAAUUUGAUAACUCUUAUUCUCUAUGGAGAUCUAAAACACUCUACUAUAGAGUUUAUUAUACCCAAUAAUUUUUAUUGAUAUCAGCUUUGACAUUUGCUGUAUAAAGAUAAUGGGCAUGUUUUCCCUUUUGAGCUUUAAGUUUUUAUGGUAAUAUAUUAAUCUGUAUUUAUUGUUA